UCUCCAUCUCCAUCUCCUCCGCAUCCCCUGCUUUCAUCCAUCAUUGCCCCUCAAUCCCGGCCUCGAUGACGGUCCCAGAUGCCUCAGAGGUAACUUUGCCUCUCUAUCGUCCUGCAAAACCUGUCCCGUUCGAGCUGGCCCAACAUGCCGCUAUCUUCUUUGAAGAGAGACUCUAUACCCAAGCCCUCGACUUCCUGCUGAACAUCCUCACCUCUGGCACUGUUGCCUCCGCCCCGGCAUUUACUCCACCUGUCCAACAGCUCGCCGUGGCAGCCACCCUCCUCGUGCACCCUUCCACCACGACCCGCGCAAAAACCACCGAAGAGGAAGAAGCGCCUCAGGCGGCUUUACGUCUUCUUCGACUGACCAAUACCCUCGUCGGACCCAUUGCCUCUAAACUCGGCGUCGCCUUUACUUUCAACCAUUUUGAUGCCCCCCGCCAUACAAGACGACGUCCCGCAGAGGAGGUCCCCGUGCCGACAGGCUUGUCCUCCGAGGACACGAAACCUUUGAACCUAGACCUCAGCCAGAAACACUCCAUCUGGUCUAGUGCAGAAGAUUUCUGGCAUGUUGUUGGUUGGGCAUUCAAUUGUUCAGUCCAUCAUCGUCAGCGUUGGGCUCGAUGGCAAGUCUGGCUAGAAAUCAUGUGUGAUGUUUUGGAGAGUGACUGGAACGAACGGUUACGACAACAGAGCGAAGUCAAGCCCAGCGACACCACCACCACCACCACCAAAACAGCACCCACCGCAUCCCCAACGAAGACCAGAAGCAAGAAAAAGCACAAUCCCAAAGGUCAAGACGAAGACCACUCCCGCCAAAUCCUCAAAGACAGCUUGAUAUUCCGCUACAUCAGCGGGGCCAGCGCCACGUACGGUCGUAACCGGCGCAUUGUCCGCUCCAUCUUUGCAGACGGGGGCUCGACUUCCCGGAACGAAUUCCGCGAAGUCUUCCACAACGAACUCAAACACGCAAAGACCGACACCAACAAUAGCAAAAAGCGCAGCGCGCAGGUCAACAUCGAUGAAGAAGAGUUCGGCGACUACCUCACAGACGAUGAUGAGAUCGAAGAAGAUGACAACAACGAGGACGAGGAAGCCACCGACCCAGACCUCAACCUCACAACCUCAACAAAACGCCGUCAACCCAAACGGCCCCGACGAGCCCCACGCACCAAACCCAGAAAACCAGUAGCCCUAGGCCCCGGCAUCAACACGCCUCCCGGCCCAUAUGGUGGCUCCGCCCCAAGCACUGGCAUCAUCGUGCCCAUCGAAGAACUCCCCACCAAACACAUUCCCUACAUGCACGGCGACGUCGGCUUCUUCGGAGGCAUGCGCUCCCUCUCUCUCCGCCAACGUCUCCUAUACCUUCUCUCCACCGUCUCAGAAUCCCUCCCCGACGACUUCGCCUCCCUCGAAGACCUCUACCACCUCUUCGCCGAAAACAUCCGCCACCUCCCCCUCCCCAUCUUCCAAGCCUUCGUCAGCCCAUCCACGCUCCCCUACUUUUCCCCUGCCGCCAAAACCACACUCUGCGAAUUCCUCCUCUUCCGAAUGCGCGAGACCGCCGCCCCAGACACAGACGAGGAGUAUCUCAACCAAGACAAACUGGAACGAUGCUUCCUGCCCUAUAUGGCCAGCACGGCCAGUAUCUCCGACAACGCCAAGAUGUCCAUCGCCCUCGAGUCACUGAUCAUUCUCCUCGCUGAUAGCGAUAUGCUGCGCAUCACGCCAGAGUUGCGCGACGCAGUCUUGGAGGGAAAUCAUCGACGGAUUACACGGGCACGAGGAGAAGCGCGAAGAGGUGGUCAGGAGGCAUUACAGUGGGCUGAUGAUAUCGAGCGAACAUGGUUGCUUGAGAGCGGGGAGCGCUUGUUGCUUCUCGUGGAUGAGAUUCUUUGCGGAAAAAAGGCCUAUUCGGAGUAAUUCGCUACUACUUCUCAUUUCGGUUGUUUGUUGGUUGAGUGAUUGCUUCUAGAUGCGUUCGGGAUAAGAGCGAGUAAAAGCGUGCUUUUCAUUCAUCGAAUCAUUGAUUGAUCUACCUCAUACUCGCUGGUUGAUCAUCUACUGUCUAACCACCCGAGUACGUCCUUAUAGUUUACUGUUAAUGUAUAGAUACCCUCUUGAAAACUGCUG